AUGGCAUGGCCGGGUCAAGGACGGCCAGAGGCUGAGCAGCGGCUGUUUGAGGGGCAGGUUCCCUCGGUGCCCAGCAGCAGCAGCCUUCCCGGCUUGGCAGCCCCCGGCGGCGCCGUGCCGGCCGCGGCGGCGCCCCUAGGAUUUGGCGGCGGCGGCAGCACUGGCGUGUGGGUGGAGAACACACUGGACGAGCCGGUGUGGGCGACGCUAAGGCGGGACGUGUACACAAUUGGUCGCAACAUGCGCAGCGUGCUGAUCCCCAUAGAUUGGGACUUUACAAACAGCGCGGCGGCGCUCGGAAAUUGGGACCUGUGGGGACCCUUGAUUUUCAUGCUUGGGCUCGCCAUCACGCUGUCGGCUGGGGAGAAGAAGCCGUCGGAUGUCUUUGCGCUGGUCUUCACUGAGGUGGCACUCGGGGCCGUGGUGCUCACCAUCAACGUCAUCCUGCUGGGGGGUGACAUCGUGUUCUUCCAGAGCAUGUGCCUCAUCGGGUACUGCCUCUUCCCCAUCAAUAUAGCGGCUAUAGUAUGCCUGUUCGUCAAGAUCAGGUGGGUGCGGCUGCUGGUGCUGAUCGUGUGCUUGGUGUGGGCGUCGGCGGCGGCGGUGCCGUUCAUCAGCAAAACUGUGGUGGACAGGCGGCGGGCGCUGGCUGUGUACCCCGUGCUGCUGAUGUACACCUCCAUAGGGUGGCUUGCGCUGACCGCGACGCUGCUUGAGCAGAUAACGCAGUACGCGCUGCGCGCGCGGCUGAGGGAGGCGCGAUCGGUCACGGCGGAGAUCUCAUGCGACGCCUUCAGCCUGCUGGCGGGGCGCGUGAACAGCGUGACCAUCAAGGGGGAGGGCUGGCGGUCGCCACUGGACCUGACCGCGCAGACGCUUGAGGCGACGGUGGGGGCGGCCGCGCUCGACUACGGGCAGGCGCUGAUGCGGCGCGAGAUCGUCCUGACAAACGUGCCGACGGGCACCGCGCGCGUGGUCUUCAGCGAGGCCGACCUGGGCAACUUCCUGGCGCAUCCGCUGGUGGCGGCGGCGGCGCAGACGGCGGUGCAGGGGGCGCCGUUUGUGUUUGACCGCGAGUCGGUGCGCAUCGAGGCGCCGUCUAGGGAGCGGCCUGAGGGCGUGAUCUUCCUGUCUGGCACGUGGCGGCGCGACAACGUGCGGUACCAGGUCGAGCUGCUGCCCGUGGCGCGCGGCGUGGCGGUCGGGCGCGGCGUGCACGCCCACGCGAUCGCGCUCGGCAUCGGCGGCCGCUCUACCCCCGCUCCACCGGCCCCCGCUUGA